CUUGUUCAACGAUACAGUUGUCAUUUCUUGAGAAGACUUCAAGAUGAUGCGAUGUUAUUUAUCUUUGCUGUGGAUGUUUUCUGUUUUUCUUUUGGUAGAAGGAUUGAUAAUCGAAGACUUUCGACUGUCGUGGAAACGUGUACCUAGCGAAGGACUGCUGGAAGCGAAAGUAAACGGCACUUGGGGUGCCGUCCGCUACAUAUCCCGGUACAAUUGGCGAGAUCCGCUAGAUGACCUCGUUUGUAGGACAUUCGGAUAUGUGAAUGAAUCCGUGAUGCAGCCCCAAUUUAAUGGAACACCGGAUGCCGCCUUUACGAUUCAACACUGCCCCGUCGAAGUGGCGUCAAUGCAAAUGCUCAACACAUCAUGUGAACUCCAGGCAGGAAAUCCGCAGUCCGACUAUGACAACAUCUUUAAAAGCAUAAACUGUCGAGCUUUACAACUGGUAGACGGCCCUUCCCCACUGGAGGGUCGGCUGGAGGCGGGACUGUUCGGGCAACUGCAGGCCGUCUACGGGCGUACUUUUGAUGAAAAGGCGGCAAAUGUCACGUGUACAUCACUUGGAUAUCCCGGAGUUCGCUCCUAUAACACCAGCACGCAUUAUGGCGCGGGAAAACUACCACUGUAUACACGCAACAUACAGUGCACGGGUACCGAGCUUUCACUUGAGCAAUGUACUCACUCUGGGGACUACACCGCGCCAAGCACAUCGGCUGAGGUCGUCAGUGUUGCUUGUGAUGGCGGACCACUUAAGUUGGAGCAGAGUAAGGGCAAUCGUUCAUACGAGGGGAUACUAGUCGGUUACCAUGACAACAUUUGGUAUGACGUCGUCGGUCAAGUUUCGGAAACAACGGCGAAGACAAUGUGUUCUAUUCUUGGAUUUGGCCAUGUCGGUUUCGCCACUCGUGCGCAUCCUGGCAAGAAUCUGCAUUACUACAAACAAAACAUUGUAUGUCAAGGUCACGAGAAAUACAUAGAGGAGUGUCAGGGCGAGCUGAAAUACUGCGUCGAACAGAGAUAUUACCACUGUACAAUCAUGUCAAACAGCUUAACUCACGUAGCUCUCUUUUGCUCUGACUACACACUGGAAAAUAUCAGCCUAUCAGCGACCGGCGUUAUACAAGUGGGCGUGAAUGGCCAGAUAUGGGCUGUCUGUGACGCCUACUUUACUCCAGAAACAGCCAAUAGCGUCUGUACUGUGCUUGGUUUUCAUGGAACAGAAAGCUUCGACGUUAAGACAACAGGCGAUAAUUCAGUUAUCGAAAUACUGGGGUCGAUAAUUUGUAAGCCGAAUGCAACAAGCGUUAUCGACUGUCACAUCAAGCACCAGUUCAGUUAUCGUCCCUACGAUUCAUCGGCGGAGUGUAGAAACUAUGUCCUGCUGACAUGCAACUGAUAUCUUUUGUAGAUAUUAACCAUGUCCGAAUGACUUGAACAUGCAGUUACAUAGUGUCUGAAUUAACUAAAAGCGAAUGUUUUUUAAUAUCAUUAAGUUUUUUCUUGCUUAAAUAAAGAUAUUGACAUAUUUAUGUGGGAAACUACAGAAACUAGUCCCCUAGUCGGAAGCUUAAACAUAAACCACGUUCAAUUACAAAGGGCCAAAGCCAGAAAAACAGAACAACAACACACAUACACAUCCACAAACCAGCUACACGGAUAAACAACACAAAACUCCACAAACAACGCACAAAAUAUAGAAAUAAUUGAACUAGGGGUAUUUAUCAAGGAUUGUUGGGUACCGCAUUGGAACGGUCAACAAAAUAAAGGUACCUGAACUCUUCAUUUUAGACGUAUUUGCUCAAACAAAGAUAUUGAAAUAUUUAUAUGAAAAACUACAUAAACUAGUCCCCAAGUCGAAAGCUUAAACAUACACCACGCUCAAUGACACAGGGCCAAAGCCAGAAACACAGAUCUACUGUUUAAAACAAACUAGGGGUGUUUAUCAAGGAUUGUUUGGUAUCGCCUUGGAACGGUCAGCAAUAUAAAGGGACUUGAACUCUUCAAUACGUAUUUUGUGUGCCUUUUAACAGGCUCCAUGCUAAAUAUAAGGCUUCUGGUCUUGUUAUUGUAGUUUCCAUUGCGUUGGUUAAGAUAUGAGGUGAGACCUUAAAAGGACAUUAUUUAAACGAAAGUCUGUUACACUUGGUGCUUCCUAAAUGCAAUGUUCAAGCCAUUAAUGAAAGCUAUCAUCUAGACAAUGAAUAAACCCGAAGAUCAUAGAUGGUGACAAAAAUUUACUACUUAUGUAUAUCGACGAUGUCGAAGGCUACAUAAAAUUGAUAAUUAAAAUAAUAAGCAUUUUAUCUUUAUUACAUUCUCUCAAGAUAAAUAUGUUUAAAACAUUCACUUAUUUCGCUGUUUAACGUGCAUUUAUCGUGUUAUUUUUCAUAAACCGGUAUACUUUA